AUGGCCCACAAGCAGAUCUACUACUCGGACAAGUACUUUGACGACGAUGAGCACUACGAGUACCGGCAUGUCUUGUUACCCAGAGAACUCUCCAAACAAGUACCAAAAACUCAUCUAAUGUCUGAAGAGGAAUGGAGGAGACUUGGGGUCCAACAGAGUCUAGGUUGGGUUCAUUACAUGAUUCAUGAGGCAGAACUGCAUAAUCUUCUCUUUAGAAGACCUCUUCCAAAAGAGCAACAAAAGUGA